UGAAGAACUCUUUUCUUAGUUCGACUAUAAAUGUGUUGCUAUCUAUUAAUAAUGAAAUAAUUACUCUGUAUAUAUUUCUUUCAAAAAUCACAUUAUUGUUAUUUAAAUGAUGAAUGCAAACUAUUUCCAACAGGUUUUCUAAAAUAAUUUUUAGAGAAAAUGAUUGUUACCUUACAAAAUUCGCAUUCAUGUAUAAAAAUGCCUAGUAGAAGUAUCUGUGCAUUUUCUAAUUGUAGAAAUUCAUCAUCAAAAACGCCACAUUUAUCUUUCCAUCGUUUUCCAAAAAGUGAAAGUAUUGCUACAGAAUGGAUCAUUCGGAGUGGCAAUAACGAUUUGUUUGACCUAAAUCCGGAACAACUGUAUCAAAAGCGAUUAUGUUCAGAACAUUUUGAUCCAAAUUGUUUCAUUGUUAACCAACCUGGACAUAGACGAAGAUUAUAUCACAAUGCUUUACCACGUAUCAUGCUCUAUGAUGAUAACAACAGUAAAAAUGACAAUUAUAUUGAAGUAAAUAACAUAUCUACUUCUUCAAUGAGCUUACUUCCGUACAGAACUUCAUCAAUAUUAGAAAAAUCAAAUUUGAAUGCAUAUUUUUCAACGCCUUUGACAAGCAUUUCAACUCCAUCUAAUAGAAUGUCUUCAACAUCUCCAUUAAAAGUUACCACCCCAAUAAGUAAAACUUAUAAUAAUAUUAAUUUAUUAAAUAAAAAAUUAACCAUUUUAGAGGAAAAAUUAAAAAAUGCACAAAAAAUAAUAAAAAAUUUAAGACAAGCUUAUAUUAAAAGUAAGCCACGUGCUAUAACUGUUAAAACUUUUUUAAAAGAUGCUGAAAAGUUCCUCAAUAAAAAACAACUGUUGUUAUUAAAAAUUCAAUUAAAUCGAAACAAAAAAAAAAAAUUCAAUUACAUAUCAUCUAAUUAAUGUUUUACAAUACGG